GACCAUCUAGGGCCCCUUUGUUCGGGCGGGCGGGAGGAGAGGGAUUGCCGCCGGGCGGGAGUCUUUGUGAGGUUGCACCGACGGCCACGCUGCCUGAGCUGAGCCAGGAUGAGUUGGAGUUUCCUGACACGCCUCCUAGAGGAGAUCAACCAACAUUCAACUUUUGUGGGGAAAGUGUGGCUUACUGUACUGAUCGUCUUUCGCAUUGUGCUCACUGCUGUGGGGGGCGAGUCCAUCUACUAUGAUGAGCAGAGCAAGUUUGUGUGUAACACCCAGCAGCCAGGCUGUGAGAACGUCUGCUACGAUGCCUUUGCUCCGCUCUCGCAUGUCCGUUUCUGGAUCUUCCAGAUCAUCUCGAUAGCCACUCCCUCUGUGAUGUACCUGGGAUUUGCAUUGCACCGACUCUCACGUCAGCCCCCUCAAAGAAACCGAGCACCUGUGGUGCGCCGUGGUGCAGUCCGUGACUAUGAGGAGAAGGAGGACAAUGGUGAGGAAGAUCCCAUGAUCUUUGAGGAGGUGGAGCCAGAGAAAGACAUGAAGGUAGCCAAGGACCAGAGACAUGAUGGCCGUCGGCGGAUCAAGGAUGACGGGCUGAUGACUGCAUACGUGCUGCAGCUGCUGUGCCGCUCUACAUUGGAGGUGGGCUUUCUGCUGGGGCAGUAUGUUCUGUACCGUUUUGAAGUAAACCCCUCAUAUGUGUGCAGCCGGAGUCCCUGUCCCCACACUGUCGACUGCUUUGUCUCCCGUCCCACUGAGAAAACAAUCUUCCUCCUCAUCAUGUAUGCUGUGAGUGGCCUUUGUCUGUUUCUCAAUAUCUGUGAGCUGUGCCACCUGGGUGUGGGCGGGAUCAUGGAUGCGUUCCGGAGCUCUGACAAGGAUGCCAGUGUUGCUCACAGGCACCCCUAUGCCCAAAAGGAUCCCAGCGCACCCCCAACCUACCAUUCUCUCAAGAAGGAGUCCUCAAAGAACCAACUAGCCAAGAACAAACUGGCCUAUGGUGGAGAGAGCUUGGCCGGCAUGGCCACUGAACGCUAUGCUGUUCCACCGGGCCUCCCGAGUCAUGAACUGGAACGGCUACGCAAGCACCUUAGGAUGGCACAGGAGCACCUGGAAAUGGCUUUCCACUUCCAGCCACUGGAUACUGCCAGCCCUUCGCGUAGCAGCAGCCCUGAGUCAAAUGGCCUGGCUGCGGAGCAGAACCGUCUCAACUUGGCACAUGAGAAGGAAGGAGCAGCCUGUGAGCGGACUACUGGUCUUUGAAACACUGGGCCUCACUGGGCAGCUGCACAAAUGACUACAGGAAGCGUCUGUGAGGAAUUGGCAAUGUGAAUGUCUCGCUCCUAGCCUGAAGUUUGAAAAUGCCCUGACAGUGUGGGUGGAACGGACUCUUGAUUCCUGAGGAAAAAAGAAGGGGAAAGAUACAAGUCUCAACAUUUUUGGCCUUUGGGGGGUUGGGAGGCUGUUGUAGGACUCCGCUGGAAUCCUAGCUCUGUGUAUGUAUGUGAAUGUGUGCCUUUCUUUAAGGGUCUAAAUGGGAAACUUAUUUUUUUACUAUGUAGAGUAAUACUUCAUAGAGGUGCUAUUUUGCCCCCCUUCCCUGCUGGUUGUCUCCAGUAGGGGAUGUCUUCCUUUAGGUGGGACUGGGUAGAUGGGUACGUAGCUGGUUCCCCACUGUUCCUCAUGGAGGUUAUUGGAGACGCGGGCGGAGGAGAAAACAAGAUGGGCACAACUUCCUGGAUUUAUUUACAUCGCCAGGCACAAAUAUGGCAUCCUCUUUCUUUUCUUCUUCUCCUCUUCCCAGAUUAUGAAAGCUAUCGGUGGUUGGGCCAAAGAUAUCUCAGUUACAUUCCAAGAUGCCAGCUUCUGGACAUCAUUUGUCGUUUUGCUCUCUAUAGGGUACUGUCCUGGGGUCCCCUCCCCCCAUCCAUUGGAGUGGGACUGCAGUAACAUUUUGAUCAUCUCAGUGAUUGAUGUACAAUGUAUUUUUAUUUUUGUCUUUUGUUAAUUUUACUGGACUAGUUAUGAAGUUUUGCUUUUUUUAUACACAUGCAUAUAUAUAUAUAUUUGGUAAAAAUCAGGAGAUUGUUUUCUAGAAA